AUCUUCCUACCUCACAGGGAGAUGGUGACAAUAUAUGCCUCUGCCCGGCACCUACCAGGUUUCUCCACAGACAGGAGUUUCCUCCUCACCCUCCACCCCUGCCAUCCACAUACUCCUCGGAGACAGCCCUGCCACUGUCACACAUUUCAGUGAUGUCACAGCCCCCUCCCUGGGAGCCCCAGCACAAUCAUCCCCAUGCCCAGCCUGAGCGCUGGCUGAGCUGAGAGAGGCGGGGGGGAAGGCGGUGCCUUGCUCCAUCUGUCUCUGAGGCCUCACAGCUCCAGCAUGAGUCCAUCAGCAAAGAAGAGGCUCAAGAAUACAGUGGUUUCCAAGGUUGGAUUUGGGACUAGACCCAGUGGGGGUCUCAACAAAGAGUCCAACCAUGCCCAGGAUGGGGACCUUCCAGCCUGGGGGGAAGAGGGAGAGGUGAAGGGUGAAGGGAGGUCAGGAGAGUUAGAAUGGGCUCCCUGUUUCCACCCCCAAACCAAGGUGACAAAACUCCCAGUCUAGGGUUGGUCACACCAAGCCCAGCCCAAUGGAGAGGCAUUAUGGAGGCGUUCGGGGGGUUCCUACUGUGUUAGCAUUCCCUCUCUCUCUCUCUCUCCCUCUCUCUCUCUCUCUCUCUCUGUCAGAUGCAAGAUGAGGAACCACGGGACAAGAUACAGCAGCCUGUCAGCAAAGUAAUUGCGCGGAACCGACUUAAAGCGGUGCUAAAAAACUUGGCGCUCUUGAAGCUGCUUGAGAGCUCGAACCCUCGGACCCAAGAACUGCAUAACCUGGCCAAAAGGUGUUGGAAUUCCCUGCUCAGAGUUCCGAAGAUCCGCAGGGUCUCCUCUGGGACUGUUCUGGAGGCCCAGGACCUUGGUCUUGCUCUGCUGACUGCCGCUCCUCUCCCUGCCAGCCACGAAGACGUCUGGGAUACAGUAGAACAAAAUAACAAAGAUCUUCAGGAGGCUGGGUGUCCCAACAAGAAACUGGACUCCAAGAAAUCAGAGCCCCUGAGGGAGCCUGAGGACCCGGAGCAGUCAAGGCCCAAGGCGGCACUGCGGAAGGGGCACACGGCACAGCAAGCAGUGCCGCACGAGGAGGAGCGGCCGGAGCCUGAGGUCCCCGUGACGUCAAAGGGUCGUGGCCUGCCCACUGGCCCUGGAGCCCAGGAGAGGCAAUCACCCACUGUGGACCCCCGGGUCGUCUUCCUGAAGACCCACCAGUACAGAACUCCCAUGGAGGACAUGAAACAGUUGGACACAGCAGACCAGUGGAUCUGGUGUGAGGGGCUGCCCACACGAGUCCACCUCCCAGGGCCCCGGGUGAUGUGCAGACCAUCCGCCCUGCGCUCGGUCAAGCGCUGCUGCACCCGCCUCUGCUCAGCAUCACUUGAGCUGCCAAUGGUCCGUCCAUACAAGAUUUGGAUGGGAGCCAGAGGUGUGCGGAGAGGGCGGAGAUCGCGCAACCAUCUCAACGGGAGGGACGGGCGGGAAAAUUCGCGAGUCUACAAAUAAAAUCUCCCAUAUGGCGCUGAAGAAUACUGCCGCUGGCUCUGCCUCUUUAUCUGGGGCUGGAAAGGCUGGAGGAAAGAGGCCCUCCGCGGAGGUAAGGUGGGGGAGUGGGGAAGAGUGUGAAUCACGACUUCAGGUUAAUUCCACUCCAUCCCCAGGUCCCUACGGUCAGUGUAGAAGCCGUAACAAAGAAGCAAGCGGGCUGCUCCCCUCCCCCGCCUCUGCAAGCUGGCCUCCUGAGCGGUGCUCUCCAUGAAGUCAUAGAAGGGGGGCGUUGGUUGUGCGCUUCCCGGGUGCCAGGUGCCUCACAAUGGCCCUGCAGGCCAAGGAGAGGAGGAAACCUCCGCGGCGCCGAGAAGCUGAGGUCUUGCGCAGGCUCACGCCGCUGGGAAGUGGCACAGCAAGAACUCUAAUCUAGGUCUCCUGGCUGCUCCCCGUUCCAUUUCCCGAAGAAGGGGAAAAGGUGCAACGCAGCAUCCAGCCCGUCACGCACGUGCAUUGCGCCCUGAUUAUCACGGCUCCGGGUGUCAAUAAAUGCCAGCCGGAAAUGUGAAAUGUGCCCCGCCUGGGUCACGGAAAGCACCGAGUCAGGCGGGGAACUGGUACUUCGUCCUACUGCUCCCGUGGGACACAGCGCGUCCAUCCUCCAACCCCGAGUCCGGUAGGAGCCACAGGGCCCUGAAUAUGCAGUUGGGGAGAGGAAAACAGAGGGGGCCCAGGCUUUCUCUGCACAAAGACUAUGAUCCUGGUCCUCCGUAUUCCCCUGGAGACAGGCUGUGUGCAGCGGGCGCCCUCGGGAGAGCAGCAGAGCCAUCGAGGGGCGCAGAGCCCUCCACCCUCACUCCCAGGGAGCCAGGACACUGAUGGAGAUCCUCAGAUUGGGAGGGAGAGAGAAGGAUGGGAAAGGCUCCCGCUAAACCGGCCGGCUCGCACCCCUCCUCUCCACUGGGGCUUAGCACCCUGACUGAGCAUCCGCCAGGAGGCCGCCAGCGGAAACCGGGCCGCGAGAACAGCCUGAGCGGGGCCUGGCGCUGGACCGCUCUGCACCGCACUGCUCAGCCUCGGGAAUGGCGACCUAACGCCCCCCGCAGCGCGCUCCCUACCUGCGGCCACCCAGGCGCGGCGCUCCCUUCCCGAGCACCCCGCCCCGCCCCCUCCGCGCAACCUCCACUCCCGUAACCACUUCAAGCUGUCUUCCCGCUAAGCUUGCAAUCCAGCCCAUUUCCUGGGUAGUCUCCAUUUCGGUUCCCUCGCUGGGCAUCAUCAAUCACACCAACCCUCUAUUCGAUCUUUCCUCCCAAGCACCUUCCGUUCCAUCAACCUUCAAGUAAACUUCUGUCCAGCGUGCUCUAUCAGCGGGCGAUUAGGGCAGCGCACUCCCAAACAAAAAGCCAAACCCUGUGUGUGUGGCGGGGUGAGGGUGGGGGCAUGCACUAGGCUUCAUGGGAACCUUCCCCGGGGAGCCCCAAGUGGGGGCCCGAAUGGCCUGAGCCUAGGCGAGGUUGGCAAUUUCUGCUUUGCCCAAUUGGGAGCCAGAGCUGGGCCCCAGCUUCCCACGGGCAAUGCCAUCAAGUGAGCAGACAGAAGCCUGUGUGCCUAGGCUGGGACCCAGCGUGGCCAGGGUGCCGCUGGGGAAGCAAGGAUGCAGGCCUCAUGCAUGUGAAUGACUUCCAGCAGUGCACUCCUUCCAGCCUUAUCCCUUCCACCUGCUGGCAUUAGGCUCAGGCAACCUGCCUCCCAUAACCCCAGGACUAGGGUCUCCCCACUACCAUUCUCCCAUUGUUUAACCACUUCAACCUGAGGCCCCUCUUCAGGGCUCAGUCAGAUCCUGAUUUGGGCAGGAUGCUGCAACCCAUAAUCUCAGGGAUAAGAGACCGCAGGAGAAAUGGCUCCCUAACAGUUAACUGGGGGAAAUUUUUUAAUGUUUGAAUUUUAACAAGUCACACGACCUCUCAGAGCGUAUUCCAUCUGUUUAUUAAAAGAGGGAUACUAGUAGCCAUUCCAGAGGGCUUUGCGCAAAUCAGGCUUGAUGUAGUUGAAACCAGUUUGUGGGACGUUGAACAUUCGGCCUGUUUUCCAG